AUUGCCAAAAUGGUGUCAUGUAGAGCCAUGCACAUUUUAACUGUAUAUGUUACUGUUGUAUUCACACUUACAAGUUUUGUAAGAUCCCACAAUGAAGAGAACUUGUAUCAAGCAAAAGACAAUUUACCUACGAUGGGUCCAGCUAAAUCUGUGCGCUAUCUGCUGUAUGAUGUAAACCCUGGAGAGGGGUUCAAUCUACGUAGAGAUGUAUACAUGAGAGUUGCCAAUCUUGUAAAGUUCCUAAAUGAAGAUGAACCAUGGAUAUUGGUGUUACCUCCAUGGGGAAGGCUUUAUCAUUGGCAGACAACGCAUCUUUCAGCACAGACAAAAGUACAGUGGAAAUAUUUCUUUGAUGUAAAUAGUCUGGCAUUACAUGUUCCAGUGAUAGAGUUUGAAGAUUAUUUGAAAGCUGUAGGUAAACCAGAGAUUGAUGAAGUUUAUUAUUUACAAAGAUACAAGGAAGGUUGGACUAAAUGGGAAGAAAAGAUAGAUAUUCGUGAGUGUGUUGAUCCACCUAGGUACCAGAAGGACAGCGACGGUAAAUGGCGUGGACAGUUUUUUGGCUAUGAAGAAGUGUAUGCCAAAAAGUUUGAGUGCAUGUCUUCUCAAGCAUAUCUGUUGACAUUUAAACCAUUCCUAAUGAAAAACACAACAGGAAGGUCAGUGUUCCUUGAUAGAGCUGAAAAUAUGAUACACGGACAGUACAGUGAGUGGUCCCGAGAGUGGUGGACAGCCCGACGUAGCAUGGUCUUCUCGAAACAUCUCAGGGAUGUUGCAGAUAAAUUCAGACAAGAAAAACUAGAUUCCAAUGAUAAAGAUGACAAAACAGAACUUGAAGUGUGGACUCAGAUGAAACGAAAGCAUGGGGAUGCAAAAGGUGGUCCUUAUGUUGCAAUUCAUCUUCGUAGAAAAGACUAUCUGUAUUCUCAUGCAAAGGAAGUGCCUAGUUUAGAAAAUGCUGCCAAAAUAGCCAAAACUUUCUUGAAGAAGUACAAACUGAAAAAGUUAUUUUUAGCUACAGAUGCAAAUGGUGAUGAUUUAACACAUUUUGAAAAGAUGAUGAAAGGCUAUGAAGUAUACUACCAUAAAGUUUUUUACCCAGAAAUGACAGAGUAUUUUGAUGGCGCAACUGCAAUAAUGGAUCAGUGGAUAUGUGCUCAUGCACGAGUUUUCAUUGGAAGUCAUGUUUCAACUUUUACAUUCCGUAUCCAUGAGGAAAGAGAGAUUCUAGGAUUUGAUCAGGAGACGACAUUUAAUAGGUUUUGUGGAGAUGAUGAGCCAAAAGAUUGUGAGCAGCCUACAAAAUGGAAAAUCAUUUAUUAACUGUAAAGGCCUGGUUUAGUUACCAAGCAAUUUUUGUUUUCAUUAUGACAGGAUUGUAGUGCAUAGAUACUGUUAUCAAGCUCCAGUACAGAUUUAUCAGUAUGUUCACCACAUAAUAUAUCUCUGGGUAAAACAUGUGGAAAAAAUAUGAGAACUCUUCUAUUUCAGUAAGAAUAAACUGUCACAAUACAUGGUUGAAGGGAACACUUAAUUUUAAAAACUUUGAAAUUAUUUGUCUGAUAGGUAAUAGAUCAUGGUCUGAAUUGUUCACUAUUCAUUCUGUAAUUUUUCUUUGAACACCCUUUUGAAGAAUAAAUGGUACGUCCAAAAUUGAAUGAUGGACCAGUCCAUUUAAGAGAUAAUUUAGCAGGGUAAAGCUGCCAAGAUCCAGGGACCUCCUAUUUACUUAGUAUGUAAAUCAGCAUCAUACAGUUUUGUGAUCUUGUGUAAUUUUGAGACUCAAGUAUCGCUAUUUAUCUCUUAUCUUGUGAUGUAUUAUUGAUGAAAUGCAAGUUUGAUUCAUGGUUAACGUAAUUUAACCGAAAAGUGUAGAAAAGUAAUCCAUUUUCCAGGAUUGUAAAUGUAAAAUCUGUAUAAUAUUUCAAGAAAUGCACUUUAUUACACAGUGUUGUACCGGUAUUACACUUUGUUUAUAUACCACCCUUCUAUUACUUGUAGGAACUACACUAGCUGUCAGUGCUUUUUUUCAAAAGUAAGCAUUUUACAAAUUUUAGCUCGACUAUUCAAGAAUAGUAGAGCUAUUGGACUCACCCAUGGGUUGGCAUCCGCGUCCGCAUCCGCGUUGGCAUCCCAAUAACUCUGUUUUGCUUUUUUACAAAAUUAUGCCCCUUUUUCGACUUAGAAAUUCUUGGUUAAGGUUUUGUAUGUAAGCAAUUCUUGGUUAAGGUUUUGUAUGUAAGCUGGUAUCUCAGUAACCACUUGUGGGAAUGGAUUGAAACUCCACACACUUAUUCACUGUGAUAAACUGACCUACAUUGCACAGGUUCCAUAACUCUGUUUUGCUUUUUGACAAAAUAUGCCCCCUUUUCGACUUAGAAAUUGUUGGUUAAGGUUUUGUAUGUAAGCUGGUAUCUCAGUAACCACUUGUGGGAAUGGAUUGAAACUUCACACACUUGUUCAUUGUGAUAAAAUGACCUACAUUGCACAGGUUCCAUAGCUCUGUUUUGCUUUUUUACAAAAUUAUGCCCCUUUUUCGACUUUUUGAAACUUCACACACUUGUUCACUAUCAUGAUCUGUCCCAUAACUCUACUUUGCAUUUUUUUCAAAAUUAUGCCCCUUUUUCGACUUAGCAGUUUUUGGUUAAGUUUUUGUAUGUAAGCUGGUAUUUCAAUAUCCACUUAUAAAUGGGAAAGGAUUGAAACUUCACGCACUUUUUCACUUUAUGAGCUGAUAAGCACUAUGAAGGUUCCAUAACCCUUUCUCCCAUUUUUACAAAAUUAUGCUUUUUUCGACUUUUGUAUUCAUUUAGUUGACAAGGCUGUUGAAUAGUCAAGCGUUGCUGUCCUCCGACAGCUCUUGUUAUCCAAAUGGUCAUUUCUGUGUCAAAUAUUUGUACUUUAGACCUGGGCCCAGCUGUUCGAAACUUUAACAAGCUGUUAAAUUAACAGCCGGUUAAAUUUUGAUUCAAAAUACUAUUUUUGUUGGGACACACCAGUUUGAUGUUUUGGUUUUAUUGUAAAGACUUUUCAGUGUUCAGAAUUCUUAACUCAUACAUUUGUUUUUCUAAGUUUUCUAAAAUGUCGAAAAAUAACCCUAAAAGUUAAUCAACCAUAAGCUUAAUCACCUGUUAAAGUUUCGAACAACUGGGCCCAGUUUGUAUCUAAUCUUAAUCGCUAGUUCAGAAUGUUAAUUGUGUGGCAUUCAGCUGACAAAAGAGGCUCUUUCUGUAUUAUGUUAUCAUAUAAGUAAUGUUUCAAUGCAAACAGUGAAGUAAGUGGUUUUAAGACAACAUUAAACACCAUCAAUAUUUUAUAAAUGUCAUAUUAACAUAAUCAGUACAUUUUUUAAAAUUAAUUUUCACAAAUCCUAGUCUAGACAUUUACAUUUGUUGUUUUUUUUAAUGCAAGUUUUAAUUUAUGUUUAGAAUUCAGGUAUGUGAUAUAUAGAUGCAAAUGGCACAUUGUUAAAUGUCAUAUGGUAUGAAGUGUCAUAAUUGAUAUACAUGUACAUCAAGGUGUGUGUUUUUGAGCAUUUUUUUUUUGUAUUAAGUUUUUAUACUUUAAUUUGUUUAGUUUGACACUAACAUUGCUUUUACUGCCAGUUUUAAUAUCUACUUGUAUAAGUAAACAUAUAUAUAUGUGUGUUGUACAUUAACAUAACAUGUAUGUGAUGUGACUUACUGUAUAUCUAUGCAAUAACAUUUUAUAUCCAAAUAACCAAUCUUAUUGACAACUCAUUUUUCAUAUUUUGAUUCUGUAGUAUGCUAGAUAUUUAUACAAGUUUCAUUUCUUAAUAUUUUAUCAGAUAUGUGGUACUCAAUGGAUAACUAAAAUGUCUUGUAGAACAACAUCCAGGUAAAACUAACAGAUGUGGUCAUUUCUAAUACUUUUGCAACCUUGAUCAAUAGGAAUAUUAGUAAAGACAUUUGAGGGGCUUGUAUGGUUGGCUAGUUAAGGUUGCUGACUUGGAAUCGCUAGCUCCUGCCAUGUUGGCUAGAAACCUAGCUUGGGAUGUAGAAUUCUGUCAUGUUACGAAGCCAUCCGGCUGGCUUACAGAUUGAUGCUUCUAGCCAGAUCCAAGCUCAUGUUCUUGGGGUCUUCCUUCAUGGUCAAAAGCUGGAAACCUAUAAUUGUGUUGGUUAAACACAAUAAAAAAGAAAAAAAGAGAGGCAUUCAGUUCUCCAUAUGAUAUGAAAUAGACCAAUCAAAAACAUACCAUUUAUAAUUUUUUGCUAAUCAUUAUCUUAACGUUUUAUAUUGUCUCCUCAUACUAAAAUGUCUGAAGUCCCAUGUUUAUUAAUUGACAAACAAUUGGGUAUAUGGUGUUACAUUUAACUUUGUUUGUUAUAGUGCCAGUACAAAACUGGUCACCAUUGUUAGAUAAUAUAUGUGCUUUGUUGUUGUUAUUUCAAAAUUUUCAAUAUUAUUGCAAAAUAUAUUGUUGUUUUCUUCUGUUUUAAGUUUUUUACCUAGCUAUUCGAGUUUAACUGUAUGAUAAUUACAUAUUGUUUUUUCCAUUCACCCAACGUAUUCAUGCAUUGUAUGUUUUGUUGAUUCUAUAUUGUUCUUAUCUUAUGUGUUUUGACAAUUAGUUAAGAUUUCUGAUGUUGAGCAAUAUUGCAUAUUGUAAUUAAAAAAAAUAAAUACCAACCAUUCAGCUCAUUUGUAAUUUAGAAAAAGGACCUUCUUUUUGCAUUCUGUGUUUGGCAGUUAUUUGGAUUUGGGUCAUGUAAUGGAAUUUUUCAAAGAUUAUUCAUUUACACUAAUUCUUUUUUGCAUUCUAUGCUUGGCGGUUAUUUGGAGGUCACGUAAUGGAAUUUUUCAAAGAUUAUUUUUACACUGUUGCUUUUUUGCAUUCUACGCUUGGCGGUUAUUUGGAGGUCACGUAAUGGAAUUUUUCAAAGAUUGUUCAUUUGCACUAAUUCUUUUUUGCAUUCUAAGCUUGGCAGUUAUUUGGAGGUCGUGUAAUGGAUUUUUACAAAGAUAUACUUUUUUGCAUUCUAUGCGUCGCUUAUUUUUAAAAAAAAAAAAUAGAAAAAGUUCGCGAUUUUCUGGCACAACCCUCGUAGCCCACUUUACAGCUACAAGCAGUUUUUAAGACUUGCCAACAAGUUCAUGUUAAUACAUAUCAAAUUGAGGUAGACAAGGUCCCAAGUAGUGGGUCCCUUGUGCGAAGAAAAUAUUAGAACUGUUAUAAUUUGUUAAAAGAUAAAUAAUCUUAUGAAAUGUCAACAUUUUUGAUAUGUCAUGUAGUUUAUACUAAUUUGAGCCGCGCCAUGAGAAAACCAACAUAGAGGCUUUGCGACCAGCAUGGAUCCAGACCAGCCUGCGCAUCCAUGCAGUCUGGUCAGGAUCCAUGCUGUUCUCUUUCAAAGCCUACUGCAAUUAGAGAAACUGUUAGCAAACAGCAUGGAUCCUGACCAGGCUGAUCUGGAUCCAUGCCGGUGGCAAAGCCACUAUGUUAGUUUUCUCCUGGCGCGGCUCAUUAAUAUUAGCUUGAUUGAUGAAAGGUUCAAACUUAUUUGAACAAUCAGCUGUUACUGCAUGACAUUUAUUAUGAAAGCAACUCUAUAUGCAAACUUAAAGGCACUCGCUACAGUUUUUCCGGACGGGUCGAUAUUUACCCCAACACCAUGCCAAUUUGGUUGUGUUUCUAAUCAAUGUAGUUCAUUGCAGAGUUGGAGCGGUCUUCUGCGCAUGCCCAAAAGUUAUUAUCUAGUGUCGCGUGCAGCAAAAAUUCGCAAAUUAUUGUAUGUUCCCAUGCAUUUAAUGUAUAAUAUACUGACUAGAGGUUAGUAUCACCAUGGUUACAAAAUAUAUACAUUUAAAGUACUUUUAGUUCAAAUUGCUUCAAUCCGACAUAUACUGGAGUCUGUAAUUUAUACCAGCGCUCCAACUCUGCAUUGAGUUACAGCUGUUUCUAAUCCCGUAGCGUACCCAAACCGUACAUCCGUAUUCGUAAACUAUAGGUUUUGUUCGGAGAAAGGCGGAAACUUAAAUCGUUCUAUGACAUCAAAAUGCUUCAGAAACACCUUAAAAUCAGCUUAUUAAGAAAUCUGCCAUUUGAUAUAUCUCUAGGUCAUUUGCUCAAACACUGAAAGAGUAUUUCGUACCAACCUGCGUUGUAUAAAUGCCCACCACACCCCACCUCGUUGUAAUUUGAUUUAAGCGAAAUCUAAUAUGGUGACCUAUCAAUUUUCUUUUUGUUUUAGAUUACGUUGACAUAACCAAAGGUUUGUGCAGCGUUUGAUUAAAUUCUAGCUAUUAAGUGAAACUCGAUAAAAUAGCAGAAGUACCAACUUAAAACUGACAAAAAUAUGCAAAAAUAGCUCUUGGGUCUGCUGAACAAGUAUUCCUUUCUUUACAAAAUCAUUUUCUUUUGAUUUCUCUGAGCAUGUUUCAAAUAGAUAUAUUGUUUUCCGUUAUAAAAAUGCUAAGAUAUCAAAUUUAUGCUGAUUAUUGUACUUACUGAAAUAUAUUCUAGGAUUAUAGAAAUUUUGAAAAAUGUUAAAAAUAGCACCAUAUCUAGGGGCAAAUUAAAUUGAAACAAAGCUGGUGACCUAGUAUUUUUAUUUCAUUCUUCAAUACAUCAUAACAUGAUCUUUUAAUACAAAACAUUUCAUCAAAAUCUAUUAUUCAGAAAAAAAAUUAUAAAACUGUAGCUAGUGUCCUUAAUUUAUGUAUUCAGUAAAGUAAAAUACAUUUUUUGAGGAUUUUUAUACAUUUAAAGUAAAUAUCUAAAAGAUAAAACAUUUUAGUGGAAGAAGGCCAUUGGAUAUCUUUGAAGGAAAAUUAAUUAUACCUUGUUGUAAGUCAAGUGUAAACAUUGUAAGAAUCUGAGAUAUGAGUGUACCUAAAAUGCUUUCACUUAGAAUAAAUGUUGUUUUGUUCAUUUGGAUAAUUCACUUAUAUAUGAUGUGUUGAUGGUUUGGUAUUUUCUGAUGUCACUAUUUGAAAAUAAAAUAUUGAAAAUGAAAAA